GAUUAUGAUUUUGGAAGAACUAGUUGGUAGUUUGGUCGCCCUUUUUUCGAGUUGGAUUAUCCAAAUACCGUCGAUAUCCGGCGAAGAUUCGCAAAGGGAAUCCACUUUAUUUAAGAGAAAUCCUGAACAAGAUGAAGUAUACGAUGGCUUAAUACACCGUGAGUACGAGCAAGAUGAACCCACGUCGAAUGAAGAAGAUAUUAUAUCUGUCUUGGUGCAAGAUGAUCAGCAACCCAGCCGAAACUUCUGCGAAUCUUUUAUCCGAAGUUGUAAGGCAAAUAUCGGUUUAAUAAUGGCUGUUGUUCUCAUAUUAGGGUUGCUGAUAGUUGGACUUGUCUAUGUAGAUUUGAAUACAACUAACUCGUGUGUAGCAUGGAUCCACAAUAAUUACAGUGUUCCAUCGAACGUACGGAUCACACGUAUUGCAGGAAUAUCUGCUGCUUUACUGCCACUGUUUGCAUGGCUACCGGGGUGUCUUGUUUUGCUAUGGGGCUUCAAAGAGUUCAAAAAGAAUUACCUAUUGUGCUUAAUCUGUCAGUUGGUGGCAUUAUCCAUACAUUGUGUUUAUACAGUUGUUUUUUCUGACAAGAUAACAACUGCCAAUGGUGAAUACAG